CAACCAUCUCGAUAAGAAACAAACAUGGCGCUUCGAUACAUUCGUCGUCCAUCUUGUAUCGGGUUUCCCUUCUUAUCUAUAUUUCCUUUCGUUCUAACUUGUGACAAGACACACGUAUAAGAAUAUAUAGAGAAAUAAUUUUCUCUGUGUUUUAUAUACGUGAAUAUCCAUGUAAAGUCACCCUUUUGUUCACUCGUAGUGUGGUACUUUGUCCGUUCGGUUUCUCUUGGGUUAAAAAAGGAGAGAAGAAAAGUGUUACUUACACUUAAGGAUUUAACAGAAAUAAGAAGGAGGGGAAGAAAAAGGAAGAAAAAGAAAAAGAAACAAAGAAAUUGGGUUAAGUGAAGUAAUUCUCCCGCAAAAUAGCAACAGGUAUAAAGCAUGCUGAUGAGGAUGAAAGAAUAUUCGUUAUAUUUAAUUAUAUUGGUAUGUAUAAAUCUAUUCGAUAAAUUUGGCCACGUAACCGGCUCCCAGGUUUUACAUAUUCGUGGUAUACCAGUUUCAAAAAGUACACUUUAUAAUCCCGAGCGUGAUUUCGAAUGUCUCGAUGGUAGCCUUUUAAUACCGUUCAAUUAUGUCAAUGAUGAUUAUUGCGAUUGCGGUGAUGGUAGCGAUGAACCCGGUACGUCUGCCUGUAGAAAUGGUUCAUUUUAUUGUAAAAAUUUUGGACACAAAUCUAUUUACGUACCAUCUACGUGGGUGAACGAUGGUAUUUGUGAUUGUUGCGAUGGUACAGAUGAAUAUUCCUCUAAUAAACAAUGCGUUAAUAAUUGUCAUGAUCUUGGUAGAGAGGCUAGAUUGGAGGCACAAAAAGCUGAAGAAUUAAAAAAGGAGGGUAAUAAAAUACGAAUGGAAAUGAUUGGUAAAGGUAAACAGAUUAAAAGUGAUACGCAGGUACAUUUAAUGAAAUUAUGGGUAGAUUAUGAGGAAGCUACUAGGAAUAAAAAGGAAAAGGAGAUAUUAAAAAGUCAAGCUGAAGAGAGAGAAACAUUAGCUUUGGAAAAAUAUAAACCGGUUGAGCCAGAACAAAUUCACACCGAAGAAACUAUUGAAAAAGAAGAGAUUGCAAAGUCAGAAGCUAUGGAUUAUUUUAAAAUGUUAGAUUCUGAUGAUAGUAAUACGGUGACAAUAGCUGAAUUACAGACCAGAGUUACAUUCGAUAAGGAUCAUAAUGGUGUUGUAACCGAAGAGGAAGCAAUGUACUUUUUGAAUAAUCAAAAGGAAAUAUCAUUGAAAGAAUUCAUUGAAACAGCUUGGGGUAAUAUUAAACCAUUUGUCAUGCUUGAACAAGGUAUAUUCCAACAACCAAAAGCCAAAGGAAAAGAGGAGAAGAAGGAAAAGGAAAAUGUGGAAGAAGAUGAGGAAGAGGAAGAAGAAGAAGAGGAAGAAGAAAUAGAGGAAGAAGAAGAAAAUGUAAAAGAAACUUUGGAGAAAGUACAUAACAAAGAAGAACAUGAUAAUGUCGAAGAAGAUGAUGUUUCUACGGAGGAACAUGAAAAAGAAAUUGAAGAACAAGAAUCUGAGAUACAAUAUGACGAAGAGACUCAAGUAUUAAUAGAUGAAGCGACAAGUGCACGUGAACGUUAUCAGGAAGCUGAAAAGGCGGUUAAUGAUUUAAAUGCAGAAAUUAAAAGAUUAGAGGAAAAAUUAGAACGUGAUUAUGGAAAGGAGGAUGAAUUUGUUACAUUGGAUGGAGAAUGUUUCGAUUAUUCUGAUUUAGAAUAUAUUUAUUCACUUUGUUUAUUUGGUAAAGCAUCGCAAAGAUCUAAAUCUGGUGGGAAUGAGGUUAGUUUAGGACAUUGGAAUGAAUGGUCAGGCGGUCAGAUUAAUAAAUAUUCUAAAAUGAAAUAUGACAAGGGUCUUACAUGUUGGAAUGGUCCAGCUCGUUCAACGAUAGUUACUUUAAUUUGCGGCAAAGAAAAUAAACUUAUUUCUGUAAUGGAACCAAGCCGUUGCGAAUAUGCAAUGGAAUUUGCAACACCGGCACUAUGCAAUCCAAGUAUGGAACCUAAAGAUUCGCAUGAUGAAUUGUAAAUUUUUAUUUUUUACCUUCUGUGUGUGGGUUUUUUUUUUCUUCUUUUUUUUUUUUUUUUUU